AGGCACGGCGUCGCGGCGCGUCAGCAGCAGCGCGGAAGAGCACAGUAUUGACAGUAUGGCAGCGGAUCCGGGACGCGUUGUACCCGCGCGUUGAGAUGCUUAUCACCCUCUGCUACAUCUACCUGUGGCUGCGCUUCCAGCGGCGCUACACCUCCGUGAUCCGCGGCGCUCUGCGGGGCCUGAGCGGCGGACACCGCGGCUUCAGCUUCCGCCAGCAGAGCUCCGGCAGCCCGCAGAGCUCCGGGGACACACUCCUGCUGCAGCUCGGGGACCGGGGAGUGUUCAUCACCGAGCCGCAGGUGUGUGAGGACCUCAGUAAGUGGACAGUGUUGUCUUCUUCUCUGGCUCCUGGUCGAGGUGUGGAGAGCGUCUCCUUCCUCAUCGAGGCCUCCUCCUCCCCCUCCAGACCUCCUCUCUCUCCGCACAGAUCCAGCACAGAACUGCUGAACUGGUCUGACCUGUGUCUCCCGCUGGCGUGCAGUCCGGGUCAGCCGUACCGGGCUGUAGCAGAAACCAGCCUGGAAAACUUCAGCCGCCUCGGCGUGGCUUUCAUGGAGGAUCGUCUGCGCAUGGAGAACGGGCUCAUACCUGCUAAAAUCAUCUCCGUGUCCCUCAGAGAAGCAGCGCUGCGGGAGCUGAUCCAGAGUCAGCAGCGGAGACGCCUCAGUGCCCCAGCGGCCCCCACACUCAGCAGACCCCUGGCCCCGCAGCAGGACCUGGCUGCCCCCACAAACAACAGACCUACAGCCCCGCAACAGCACCCCGAGCCACACUCCGACCACCAGCACAUGGACGGACACCACCUGCACCUAUCCAGCUGCACCGAGUGCCUGGAGCUGGAGAACAGCACCAUCCUGUCAGUGCGGUGCGCCUCCGUGGAGAACAUUCCGGACCUGCCGGAGGACUGCAGCGCUGUGGAGGAGCCGGGACCGGAGCUGGAGCAGGAGCCGGGGCGGCAGUGUGUGCACGGGAAGCCCCCCAAUGUGCUGGUGUACACGGACGGCUGCGAGCUGCAGUUCCAGAAGAUCCGCUCGCUGCUGGCAGAGUGUGUGGACACUGAGCGCUACACCGUGUACCACCUGCAGCCGCAGCAGGCACUGAGCGAACCUUGGCUGGAGAACACCUUGCUGCUGGUGCUCGCCCCCGAACAUCCGCUCCCGCUCCCUCCGCCGCUGCAGCUGCGCUUCCUGUCCUACCUGAGCCAGGGCGGGCGUCUGCUGGGGCUGUGCUGCUCCCUGUGCCCUGCCGGCCUCACCCUGCGGCCCCGGGCCCCUCUGCACCCACAGCUCUGUACACUGAGCUUCACCCGGGCGGACAGCAGCCAGCUGCAGCUCAGUGUGGUGUCCAGUGGGAGCGUGUUCGAGCGGGACGGAAGCGGAGGAGGGCAGGUGGAGCUAUGGGGGCAGAUUAGUGGGGAGGAGAUGGCCAUCGUCAGGGUCACACAUGGACCCGACAGCGGAGAGGCCAUUCUCUGUCAGGUGCGUCUGGACUCGGCUCCGGCUCCUCAUCACCUGUCGGGCCCCCAAAGCUGCUCUGAGCUGGAGACUAGUGACACCCUGCGCUACCAGGUGCUGACGGAGAUCCUGAGUUCUCUGGGACUGAGCUGUGGGCGAAGCCAGGUGCAGCCACACACCCCCAUACACCUGCUGACCACAUGCCAGGAGCUGAAGGCCAGUUUCGUGCGCUGGUUGCGUGCUCAGACAUGUGUGUCUGCGGGUGUUGUGCGUCUGCCGGCGGGUGUGUUGAAGGUGUCGUGGUCCGCACAGGAGUGUGUGGAGGUGUGUGAUGGAGAGCUGGUCUUACACACCGAUCCGCCCGAGUGUUUCUCUGAGCUCUUCAGCCUGCAGACGUACACACACAACCUGCAGACGCAGCGGCUCGGGCGCACCGUCCUCUACACUGACGUCACCUCCUCCACCAUGGACCUGCUGGACGGGGUGAUGAUGGAUGCGCCACAGGAAGUGGGGUUAAUUGCCAUAGCAGCACGUCAGACGCAGGGCAAAGGCCGCGGGGGGAAUGCAUGGUUGAGUCCGCCGGGCUGUGCCAUGUUCACACUCCACCUGCAGCUUCCUGUCAGCUCUCGCCUCGGCCAGAGGAUCUCCUUCCUGCAGCACCUCACUGCUCUCGCUGCGGUGGAGGCGGUGCGCACACUGCCUGGAUAUGAGGGGGUGGAGCUGCGGCUGAAGUGGCCCAAUGACAUCUAUUACAGAGACCAGGUGAAGUUGGGCGGAGUCCUGAUCAGGUCUAGUGUGAUGGGACACACCUUCAACCUGCGCAUAGGCUGCGGGUUCAACGUGAGCAACAGUCAGCCAACGGUGUGUGUUAAUGAUGCGGUGCGUGCGCAGGGCUGUGGGCUGGCGGAGCUGACCCCAGAGCAGCUGAUGGGCCGCUGCGUAACUCUGCUGGAGCGAUAUAUAGAGGAGUUCCAGAGCUCAGGACACACACACCUGCUCACACGCUACUACACACACUGGCUGCACGGAGGCUCCAGUGUGCGGCUCUGGAGCGAGGACGGCCCCUCGGCGCGGGUGCUGGGUCUGGAUGACUGCGGGUUCCUGCAGGUGGAGUGUGUGGAUGGAGAGGUGGUGUCACUGCAGCCCGACGGGAACUCCUUCGACAUGAUGAAGAACCUGCUUCUGACCAAAACCAGCUGACCAGCACACACACACACACACACACACACACACACACACACUCAUCCAGCAGAACCCUCGUCCUGUGUGAGUUCUGCUGCUGCUGUGAGUCUCCAGUGUCCAGCAGAACACACACACACACACACACACACACACACACACACACACACACACACUCAUCCAGCAGAACCCUCGUCCUGUGUGAGUUCUGCUGCUGCUGUGAGUCUCCAGUGUCCAGCAGAACACACACACACACACACACACACACACACACACACACACACACACACACACUCAUCCAGCAGAACCCUCGUCCUGUGUGAGUUCUGCUGCUGCUGUGAGUCUCCAGUGUCCAGCAGAACACACACACACACACACACACCGCUCUGACAGUAAUGUUUGUCUGCUGAUCCUCAUCUUCAGAGGUGAGUUAGGGGAAUUGUGGGUAAUCUGCAGUGGAUUAUAGUCUGAUAACCAGCUCAAGUCUCAGUACCAGCACAGCUGAGGAGGCUCGUCUCCUCGUGACCCGCUGACACCGUCUCUGCGCACGCUUGCAGGAGCUCUGUGCUCAUUUUACAGUAGUUUUGUAUCUCUCGGGUGAAGGUGUCAGAUCAGCGCUUUAUAAACUCUGUUAAACUCUACAUUCCUGACGUGUGUUCAGGGAAAUAAAACACUGAACAGAACCACCA